UCCCCACAGGGACAACGGGAGCAGGGUACCUUUCAGCACCGGGGAGCUGUCUGUUGCGACCUUAUAUACAGUCUAUGGUUGCGACCUAGCCGGACGACACCUGACGGUGAGGAUGGCCAGUGUGAAGCAAGUUGGCUUGCUAGCAGCAGGCUGUCAGCCCUGGAACAAAGAUGUGUGCGCUGCUAGUGGAGACCGCUUCGCUUACUGUGCUACAUUGGCUAUUUACAUCUACCAGUUUGACCAGCAGUACAAUGAAUAUAAAUUGAGAUCCAUCAUGUCAGAACACAAGAAGACUAUAACAGCUAUCAGCUGGUGUUAUGACAACUCUGAUCUCUUUGCAUCGGCCUCUGCUGAUAACCUGCUCAUCGUGUGGAAUGUCACAGAACAAAAGGCUGUUGCAAGACUGGACAACACUAAAGGUGUCCCCACAUCAGUCAGUUGGUGCUGGAACUCAGCUGAUGGCGUGGCCUUUGUCUCCCAGCGUGGUCCGUUGUAUAUCUGGGUGUAUGGAGGUCCUGACCCUGGGCUAACAGUGCAUAAAGAAGCUCACUCCUUCCUGUCUGAUAUCUGUCUCUUCAGAUGGCAUCCGAAAAAGAAAGGCAAACUGGUGUUUGGACACACAGAUGGAAGUUUGUCUAUUUUUCAGCCAGGGAGUAAAAGCCAAAAGCAUGUGUUACGUCCAGAAUCAUUAGAGGGCACAGAUGAAGAGGAUCCAGUUAGUGCUCUGGAAUGGGAUCCUUUGUCAACUGACUAUUUGCUAGUAUCUAACCUCCACAAUGGUAUAAGGCUGGUGGACAGUGAGGCCUUGAAUUGUAUCACAUCCUUCUGCUUCCCCUCAGCGGCUGCAUCAGUUCAGUGUCUGGCCUGGGUUCCCUCUGCGCCAGGCAUGUUCAUUACCGGAGACUCUCAGGUUGGAGUACUGAGGGUGUGGAACGUGUCUCGCUCCACUCCACUGGACAGCUUUAAACUGAAAAAGACUGGGUUUCAUGCUUUGCAUGUCCUUAACUCCCCUCUUACCAAAAAAGCUCCAAGUUCCUGUUCCCCCAGUAAAAGUCAGCACACCAGUUCCACCAGUGAGGCGGUGCCUCCCCCGACCCUGUCACAGAACCGCUCCUUCUCCCUGCCUCCUGGCCACGCUGUGUGCUGCUUCAUGGAUGGAGGAGUGGGACUUUAUGAUAUGGGUGCCAAAAAGUGGGACUUCCUUAGAGACCUGGGUCAUGUAGAAACUAUUUUUGACUGUAAGUUUAAGCCAGAUGAUUCCAACCUAUUGGCCACGGCUAGUUUUGAUGGAACUAUUAAAAUCUGGGACACAAAUACACUAACUGCUGUUAGCACCUCCCCUGGCAACGAGGGAGUGGUCUACUCUCUGUCCUGGGCUCCAGGCGACCUGAAUUGCAUUGCAGGGGCGACAUCUCGUAAUGGAGCGUUUAUCUGGGAUGUCAGGAAAGGAAAGAUCAUCACUCGUUUUAAUGAGCAUGGUAAGAAUGGUAUAUUCUGUAUAUCAUGGAGCCAUAAGGAUUCUAAGAGGAUCGCUACCUGUAGUGGAGACGGAUUCUGUAUUAUUCGGACCAUAGAUGGCAAAAUUCUGCAUAAGUACAAACAUCCUGCUGCUGUGUUUGGCUGUGACUGGAGCCAGAACAACAAGGACAUGAUUGCGACAGGCUGCGAGGAUAAAAAUGUCAGAGUGUACUACUUGGCAACAAGCUCUGAUCAGCCUCUGAAGGUCUUCACUGGUCACUUAGCUAAAGUAUUCCACGUCCGCUGGUCUCCACUCAGAGAGGGGAUACUGUGCUCUGGAUCAGAUGAUGGAACUGUUCGUAUAUGGGACUACACACAGGAUGCAUGCAUCAAUGUGCUGAGUGGUCACACAGCUCCAGUCAGAGGCUUAAUGUGGAACACAGAGGUUCCUUACCUCCUCAUUUCAGGUUCUUGGGAUUAUACAAUCAGAGUGUGGGACACAAGAGAUGGCACAUGUCUAGAUACAGCCUAUGACCACGGAGCUGAUGUCUAUGGUUUGACAUGUCACCAGAAUCGUCCUUUUACCAUGGCCAGCUGUAGCAGAGACAGUACAGUAAGGCUGUGGUCUCUCACACCCCUCAUCUCUCCAUUGCUGCUGAACAUUCUUACUGACCAGCCUUGGGAAAAGAUAAUAGGAAACACAGACACAGCCAUGAUUCCUGGUUCACCUCCUCUGCUCUGUGGAAAAGUAUCUAGAGACAUCAAACAAGAGCUGGACAAACUGAACUUAGACAUCAGGGCCAAGAAGCUACGCUGGUUCUCUGAAUGCUUUUUG